CCAGAGACAAAAGAAUUGUGACUAGUCUUUUUCGUGGUAUUGCAAAGCACAUAUUCCCCCGUCGCGAUUGCUACAAUGCUUUCAACGCCAGGUUCUCGAAACCCAGAAUUCAAGAUUGGAAUCCUUGCUGCCUUGCCCCUCGAAGCCCAUGCUAUCAGAGGGAUAUUUGAUCAGAUUGAUGGCGAAGCACCGGAAAACGAUGCAACCAACACUUUCAUCAGGGCUCCAAUGGACAUGAACUCGUAUACCACCGGCAAAAUCGCAAACCACAGGGUUGUUCUCGCACACAUGCCGGGGAUGGGCAAGGUAAAUGCAGCAGCGACAGCAGCGGGUAUACAAGCAAGCUUUACAGAGUUGAAGCUUGUUCUGAUUGUUGGAAUCUGUGGCGGAGUCCCGCAAGCCCACGAUCCAAUUCUGCUUGGCGAUGUUGUGAUCAGUAGGAACAUUGUACCGGCUGAGAAUGCGAUCUUCCACCCAUAUGACCCAGUGUCGGAAAUCUCCGAGCACCCACAAUUUGGAAGACCUACGUGGGUAGUGCGAUCGUUGUUAGCCAAGCUAGAGAAUCAGAAGACGUACCUCGAGGAAAAAACAUCGAAACAUCUGGACUGUUUGCUCCGGAAGCCAGGUUUUGCACAGUCUCGGUAUCCAGGGGACAAGGAAGACCAGCUCUUCCUGCCGGACUAUAUGCACAAGCACCGCAACCCGCACGACUGCGACUGCGUCCAACCGGGGAAGUCUUGCACUAUUGCAAAGCACUCCUCGUGUGAUCAGCUCGGCUGCGAGCCUGAGUAUCUGGUCCCUCGGGCCCGGGAUGAAAACACUACAACACUGCUUCUUCAUUUUGGCUCUAUUGCAUCUGGAGACCAAGUGAUAAAAUCCGGCCAGCAUCGUGACAGAGUUGCACAGACAAAGAAUGUUAUUGCGUUCGAAAUGGAAGGAGCAGGGGCUUGGAAUUAUCUGCCAUGUCUCAUUAUCAAGGGUGUGUGUGACUACGCAGACAGUCACAAGAACAAGAAGUGGCAAAGACAUGCCGCAGCCGCUGCUGCUGCCUCUGCACGAGCUGUACUAGAUGUAUACGAGAGUCCUAAAGAUGAAGAUGAACAAACGACACCAGUCAGGCAAUUAUUAACAUUACCAAAGGGCGGCUUAUGCCGUGACGACCUGGCGGUGCUCAACGAACAAGCAUAUAUGCAAAUCGAGUCAACUGAGGAAAAGGCCACCAUAAAGUCUAUGCGAAGCGGGCCAACUCUUUUCGACAAGCUUCCCUGUACGUCAGAGGCGUUUUACAACCACUAUGAUAGACAGCAUGACCUCUUAUGUCUCGAAGGGACUCGGACAGCCGUUCUGGAAGAUAUUCACGCAUGGGCAGAUAGUCAUAGUGGCAAGACGAUGUACUGGCUAACUGGAUGGGCAGGGAUAGGCAAGUCGACAAUAGCUCGAACGGUUGGUCAUAGUUGGGAUGCUCAAGGUCGCCUUGGAGCAACCUUCUUCUUCGAUAAGGCCUCGGGCAGUGGCAAACGCAGAGCACGCGAAUUCAUCACAACUAUUGCUUACCAACUUGCCACUGAUUUCCCAGUCCUCAUGUCUUUUAUCUCCGAAGCAAUGGCUAAGGACCCUUAUCUUUGCUUCAAGUCCCUUGGGGAUCAGUGCCAAAAGUUGAUCUUGAGACCCAUAUCGAGAGCUCGAUUUCCUUGCAAUGGACUGCCGAUUGUGCUCAUUGUUGAUGCUCUUGACAAUUGCGAAACCUCUGAGGUUGGUAUCGUCAUUCGCUUGCUGGGGGAUAUCAGUUCGGCUGGUGUACGAGUUUUCAUAAGUAGUAGGAUGACACCCACCAUAAAUUUCCACAGAAGAUGCGAGCACGAAGGUCGGUUCCGUGCUUUGGAGCUGCAAAACAUCCCCCAAGAAAUUAUUAAUCAGGAUAUUUCGCUCUUUUUCCAGCGAGAGCUACAACAGCUGAACACAAACUGGGAAGUGGGGGAUAACCUUCGAAAGCUGGUUGAGAAAACCGGAGGUAACUUCCUCUGGGCUUCAAUGACGGCCAGGUAUAUUCGAGAAGUGCCCGAGCUAUCUAGCCGAAGAUUAUCGAUGCUGCUCCAGCCUGGAGCCACAAUGUCACCCAUCGACGCUCAAUUUGACGGCGUGAACCUGGACAUUUUGAGAGAUGCAAUGCCAUCAAACCUGAGCAACAAGGAGAGCAGCAUAUACUACGGCUUGUUGCGACGCUACCUGGGCGUCAUAGCUGUGCUGUUUGUGGAGGUUUCUCCCGCUUCAUUCUAUCAACUAAUUGACCUGGAAGGGGAUGGGCGCGGGGCGUAUGGCAUCGAUAUCCAUGAGGUUUUGAAGAAUUUACAGCCGAUCAUGGAUGUUCCGGACGACAAGCACGAUCAGAGUUCAUUGUUCCGUCUCCUUCAUCCAUCCGUGGGAUCAUUUUUGACGAGCCCCACGAGAUGUACCGACGAGAGGUUCCUCAUAGACUCGAAACAGGCUCACUACGAUGCUAUGGAAGGUUGCUUACGUUUGCUUCCAGGCAUCCUUGAGCGAGUCCAACAAGAGACAGCAGGCUCAACCUCAGACCAAAGCGACCUCAUGGUCGACACAGGUGACGCUUGCACUGUGUGGGAAUGGUCACCCGCAGCGCGCUACGCCUGCCGAUACUGGGUGAAGCAUCUUGAGGGAAGUGGAGCAGAAGUUCACCCCGGCGACUCCGUCUCUCUCUUCAUCGAGAAUCAUGUUCACUGCUGGCUCAAAGCAUUGGUACAGAUGGAGUCGAUUGACGAAGCGUCGAAAGACUUGCAAUAUCUGGCUUCUUUCAUCUCGGAUACGGAAGCAUCUGAAUUCGGCACAUCCCUCAAAGAGCUGAGCAUUUCACUCGCGGAACGAAAGGUUCAGGUUGAGCAAAACCCAUCGAUGAUCUACCAGCUUGCCAUGGAACACCUGGACAGAUGUAACUAAUGGCUAAGGCUUUCCCGCUUUAGACAUUGAACGGUAUUUUAGGAGUGGUACUUGCGCAGAAUUUACCCAUAUUUUGGUUGUAGAAUAGCUAUGGGAGUUACCAGUCACCUCAGUCAUGAAUUGG